AUGCUCGUCAUCUGCUUCGAAGGCUGCCACGGCAGCGGCAAGACGUCGCUCUGCAAGGAAGUGAACAACAUGGGCUUCCGCGUCCUCGACGAGAACUUCCUCGACAUGCCGUCGCACUCGCUGCACCCGCAGUCGCUCUUCAUGGAGACCAAGUGGGUCUGCGCCUGGUUUGACCGCGUCUUGACGCUGGCGCGCCACGACCGCAACAAGAACCAGGUCUUCUUCGCGGACCGUUCGCCGUUUAGCGCUGUCUUUUACGCGACGCAUGGCCACCUUCUCGACCAAGUCAUCCGCGCGCAAAUGAAGGAGGUCGCCGACUUUGCCAACGUCCAGUUCCUUACCGUGCAUGUGAAUGUCGAGAAGGAGCUUCUCUGGAGCCGCAUCCAGCACCGCCUCCAGCUCGAGCCCGAGCGCGUGCGCUACGCCGAGCACAAGCGCUCCAAGAUGGAAGACUGCCUUGCUUUCUACAACUCGUUCCCGUGGGACAUGCAAGUGCACAACGAUGCGACGUCGCUCCAGCAUUUUGCGCAGAACGUCAUCACGAUGCUGCUCCAAAAGUUGCCGACCAUGCAACUCGCUGUCCAGGCGAUGGCGGCGGAAAAGGAUUGCUCGAUGGGUGUCGAAUUCGACCAAACCGACAGCGACUGCGAAAGCGAGAUGACCGUCUCGUGCUACGACGACACGCCCAUCAAGGAGCGUCUUGCGUCGGUCGCCGACGUCGAGCCGAUUCGUUUCAACCUCGACAUGGAGUAG